CGAGGCCCCGGGGCUGGCGGUGCCUGGUGCGGCGGCGCGGAGAUCGCGGGCAGCGCAGCAUGGGUCCGGGCCCGCGGGCGGCGCUGUGGCUGCUCCUGCUGCUCCUGCCCGGCGGGGGCGUCGGGGCCUCCCAGCCGCCCCACCUGGUCUUCGUGCUGGCCGACGACCUGGGUUGGAACGACGUGGGCUUCCACGGCUCGGCCAUCCGCACGCCGCACCUGGACGCGCUGGCGGCCGGCGGGGUGCGGCUGGACAACUACUACACGCAGCCGCUGUGCACGCCGUCGCGCUCCCAGCUGCUCACCGGCCGCUACCAGAUCCAUACGGGUUUACAGCACCAUUUAAUCGAGACCUGUCAGCCCAACUGUAUUCCUCUGGAUGAAAAACUCCUGCCCCAACUUUUAAAAGAAGCAGGCUAUGCUACUCAUAUGGUCGGAAAAUGGCACCUGGGAAUGUACCGGAAAGAAUGCCUUCCAACCCGCCGAGGAUUUGAUACCUACUUUGGAUAUCUUCUAGGAAGUGAAGAUUAUUACUCUCAUGAGCACUGUGCAUUCGUUAAUGUUUUGAAUGCCACACGAUGUGCUCUUGAUUUUCGAGAUGGUGAAGAAGUUGCAACUGAAUAUAAAAAUGUGUACUCAGCAAACAUAUUUACUGAAAGGGCUACGGCCCUCAUAGCUAAACAUCCACCAGAGAAGCCUCUGUUUCUCUACCUUGCUCUCCAGUCUGUCCAUGACCCACUUCAAGUCCCUGAGGAAUACCUGAAGCCAUAUGACUUUAUCCAAGAUAAACACAGGAAAAUCUAUGCCGGAAUGGUGUCCAUUAUGGAUGAAGCAGUACAAAAUGUCACUGCAGCCUUAAAAAGCUAUGGGUUCUGGAACAAUACGGUGUUCAUCUUCUCCACAGACAAUGGAGGGCAGACACUGGCAGGAGGCAAUAACUGGCCCCUUCGAGGAAGGAAAUGGAGCCUGUGGGAAGGAGGUAUUCGAGGAGUGGGCUUUGUGGCAAGCCCUCUGCUGAAACAGAAGGGUGUAAAGAACCGGGAGCUCAUCCACAUCUCUGACUGGCUGCCAACGCUGGUGAAGCUGGCCGGGGGACACACCAACGGCACCAAGCCUCUGGAUGGGUUUGAUGUGUGGAAGACCAUCAGUGAAGGAAAACCGUCCCCGAGAGUGGAGCUGCUGCACAACAUUGACCCAGCCUUCGUAGACUACUCUCCAUGUCCUGGCAACAGCCUGGCUCCAGCAAAGGAUAAUACCUCUCUUCUGGAAUAUUCAGCCUUUAAUACAUCUGUCCAUGCUGCAAUUAGACACAGAAACUGGAAACUCCUCACAGGCUCGCCAGGCUGUGGUUACUGGUUCCCCCCACCAUCUCAGUCUCAUAAUUCUGAGAUACCUUCAUUGGAUCCGCCAAGCAAGACCCUCUGGCUUUUUGAUAUUGAUCGGGACCCAGAAGAAAAACAUGACCUGUCCACAGAGAAACCCGACAUCGUGAAGAAGCUUCUUUCCCGCCUGCAGUACUACCAGAAACACUCAGUGCCCGCAUACUUCCCUCCACAGGACCCCCGCUGUGACCCCAAGGAUACUGGUGUGUGGGGCCCUUGGAUGUAGCUGAGGUUAGAUUUGGGGGGAGUUGUAACAUCUUUAUCUGUUUAAAGCUGGGCUUCAGGCCUUCACUCUUGUGGCUUCUCAUCUUUAUUCUCCUCCCUGGGUUCACCUGGUCCUUUUCUAGCUCGCAAACCACACCAAGGAGUCUGGGCUCAACUACUAGUGCAUUUCAGAAGCCAAUAAAACCUGGAAGGAGGGCUGGGAAU